AUGGAAGUUCAUUGUGUAGAAGUGGGUAAGAAAGAUUGUGAAAGUUUGAAAUAUAGAGAAAAAGAUGAUAAAGUUGCUUCUGGUGUUGAAAUCAAUAUUGAUAGUAUUAAAGUGGUUCAAAAGUUCUAUGUUAAUGAAUUAAUACUUGUGAUUUCAGAAGAACUGAUUGUUGAUAAAAAUGUUGUCGAUAAAGGAAGUGUAAUGAAGAAUUAUGAUUAA